AUGAGUCCUGCUGCUUCCAAACCUACUACCAAAGAACCCGAACCGUUUUCGUCCUACAAGAUCAAGGUCUCGGCCACUGUCUUUCAUGUGUCGUUGGUCGUUUCCUUUGCCAUCGCCUUUGGACUGGGGCAAAUGUCCACAAACUAUGCGGAGUCGUCGUCUUCUUUAACAACUGAUGGCACCUCAGUCCUUACCAACUUGCCCGUCCCAUCCAUGCUGGAAGGAAUGAAACCAAUCGACAUGAAGGUCUAUGGUUCGGAAACAUGGAUUCAAGCCACUGAAACUGCCUGUGCGGAGAAUAAGGACGACAAAGAAGAGGAAGACGAGGAGGACGACGACUAUUCUUCGUUGGGACAGCACCUCAUGUUGGACUUCCAAUAUUUAGAUUCCAAGGUGCUGGGAGAUGCUGAAAAGUUGGCCAGCACCAUGAUUGACACUUUGAACAAGAGUGGUCUCACUGUCACCUCGUAUCAUUGCCACCGUCCUUCGGGUGUUGCUUGUCAGUGGGCUCUUGCCAACGGUCGGGCUUCUUACACUACCUGGCCGGAACAUGGACUCAUGUCAUUGGAUAUUUUCUUGAUCAAGAAUGGUGAUGACGAUCCUUUGCUGUCCAUGUCCGCGUUGCCCAACUUUGAGGAAGCCUUUUCUUUUGCGGAUCCAAAAUCCCCAAAAAAGCCAAAGGUGAACUGGCUCUUGAAACCAAGAGGCUUUGAAUCUGGAGAAGCCAGUGAAGGAGAUAUCUUGGCGUCUUCUGAUAUGGAUAUCUAUCCAUUGGGAGCUGCUGCUCGCUACAAGAAGCAUGUCGCUUCUGUCAAGUCCGUCUUCCAAACCAUUAAUGUCUUUGAUGUGUUGACGGAUGAUCGUACAUUGGACGACUACGAAAGAUCAAUUUCUGGAGACGAUUCCUAUCAAGCUCAGAACCCAGAGCUCUUUGAGCCAGACCGAAUCGUCUUUAUGGGUGGAUUGCUACAAUCUCGUCGCUUGGGAGAUGCUGCGUACCACGAAGCAUUGGUCCAUCCAGGACUAUUUGCCCAUCCCAACCCGAAACGAGUUGGUAUUAUUGGUGGAGGAGAAGGUGCCACUCUUCGAGAAAUCUUGAAGCACAACACCAUUGAUCAAGUAGUCAUGAUUGAUAUUGACAAGAUGAUUGUCGAAAUCUCGAAGGAAUACUUGCCUGGUUGGAAUAACUGUACCAACCUGGUAGGACGAGCUGAAUCUUGCUUUGAAGAUGAAAAGGCAUCCGUUUACUUGGAAGAUGCCUUCAAGUGGUUCAAGGACCGAUUCUUGGAGGGUGCAGAGCUUGAGGGCACCGAAGAGAACGACCCACAAGGUUUGACAGAGUUUGUGGCCAACUUGUAUACUGAUCCUUAUUUCUAUGAAUCAUUGUACCGUGGUUUGAACGACAACGGAAUGCUGAUUGCCCAACUUGGUGCCGCAAGAGGUCUCACUGAUCCUCCAGAGGACCACUCUGUCGAUCGAUUCCGACUGAAGUACAUUGAAGGACUGGCCAAAGCUGGAUUCACAGCGACACGAGAGUAUGCUGAGGGUGGAUGUGGAUUCGGUUCUCCAUGGCUUUUUACUGCUUCUUUCAAGCAACGCGAGGAUGAAUUCAACUGGUUUGCAAACGAUGCAGAGAUUGAUUACAAGAUUCGCACUCGCUUGACUCCAACCAUUGAUGGUAACACACCUCUGAACUACUUUGACUCGUCGUCCAUGAAGAAGUACAAAUACCCACCAAAGUCUUCGGCUGUGGUCCACUGCCGUCGUGAACCGCUUCCAAAGGGUUGUGAGCCUAUCGAAGAUUCCAGAGCUACCGACAAGGUGAGCAUUCUUCCAGCUUAUUACAAAUCUUUGGAAUCAUUUGUCGACAAGGGCAUCCUUGCUGGAUGGUACAAGGAUUUGUUCGCGUCCUACAGUGAGGAUCACCUUCGACCUGCUGGAGAUGAUUUUGCUUACAAUCCGGACGGAGACCGCCGUGUCCAUUUUGAUUGA